AUGGUCGGCAAAGGCGAAGGUGUCUUUGAUUCAAGUCCCCCGCCGUACCAGCAACAUCAUGCGCCGAGACUAUUCGUCGUUCGGAGGCGCCGAGGACGUCUCUUAGCGUUUACUGUUCUCGUGGUUGUGCUCGUCUCCUUGUCACAUUACUACAAUGCGGCUAUUCAGGAUCCUGUGAUCACAGAGGAGCAGCGCAAAGUGCUCGUGAAGGGCCUCGAAACCUGUCGAGAGACUGUUUCUCGGCAUCAAAGAACGGACGACGUUGUUCAACGAGAAUCGAAUCCACGAUGGAACAAGAUCUCUGGACAGAAGCAAACCAUUGUUCUCAGGAACGCAACCCUCUUUGACGGAGACUUAGUUCUCCCCGAUGCAGUCGAUAUUGUCUUUGAGAAAGGUCUCAUCAAGUCUGUCGAAACGACUCGAGAGAAAGGACAUUUCCCCAGCGAUGCAGUCGUCUACAACCUCAAGCGGCGAUUCGUCACGCCCGGGCUCGUCGACAUCCACUCUCACCAUCUGGAGCUCCCCUUCUCCUCAGUCUCCGCAACCUCAGAUGUGAACGAGAAACCACAGCUCGGACCCAUCACGCCCUUCGUCCGAGCCAUUGACGGAUUCAAGCCCUACGAUCCGGCCAUCAAGAUCAUUGCCUCCGGCGGCGUGACGACGUCGCUGAUUCUACCUGGAUCCGGGAACAUCAUUGGUGGCCAGGGGUACUUGGUCAAGAACCUCCCAUCUCCCGGCGAGAAUGGAGAGCCGAUCGUCGAAGAUUUGUUGCUGGAACAUGGAAUCCCGGAGGAAAGCCGACAAAGAUACCUCAAGAUGGCUUGCGGCGAGAACCCGAAGCAUCUAUACGGCCACACCCGCCUCGGAAAUGCUUGGCUCCUGAGGCAGCAUCUGGAGAAAGCCCGCAAAUUGAAGUCGAAACAAGAGGCUUGGUGUCAUGCAGCAGAGGGUGUUGAAGGAGAUGGCUUCAAACGUGGCAUAACCGCUCACUUCGUGGCGGUACACGGAGAGUUCCCAGAGGACCUCGAGCUAGAGGCAACCGUGGCCCUACUUCGGGGAGAGUUCAAUGUCAACAUCCAUUGCUACGAGCCGGAAGACUUUGAGAGAAUGCUUGCCGUGCUGCAUGAGUUUGGUGUUCACCCACAGGCAUUUCACCAUGCUCUGGAGGCGUGGCAGGUCCCAGAGUUUCUCAAGGAGCAAGAGAGAAACAUCACCAUUGCCACUUUCGCGGAAAACUCGCUUUUCAAACAUGAGGCAUAUGGAGCGAACUUGCGCGGUCCGAAGAUCCUUGAUGACCACGGCAUUCGUGUUGUCUUAAAAUCGGACCACACGGGUGAGAGCAAUCACGCCAAAUAUCUCGCGUACCAGGCAGCAGUCUCUCAUUCCUUCGGACUCUCGGAAUCAAAGGCCUUGCAGUCCAUAACCUCGGCUGGUGCGUAUUCGAUCCAGCAAGACCACCGUAUUGGAUUUGUCAAACCCGGAUACGAUGCCGACUUGGUCGUUUGGGACGCGCAUCCUCUUCAAGUCGGCGCGACCACAAUUCAAGUCUUUGUCGAUGGCCGCGACGUUCUCAACAAAGACAGCGCCCUGGCUACCUUGGGCAGGUCUCUGGAAGACAGCGAUAAUGCACUGCCAAAAGUCAAGGCCACAAUCCAAAAGGAGACAAAAGAGGAUAUCUGUGGAAGAGCAUUAAGACGCGGUACACGGAUCGUCUUCACUGGGAUUAAAGAGGCUCUGAUUGAUGAUGUGUCUUCUCUAGACACAAGUGACCAUCUGGCAAUGGUCGUUACGGAUGGGGAGAUCACCUGCAUUGGGGCCGAGUCUGCAUGUGUUUCCUCUCACGAAGGCGACAGUAUUGUAUCAAUCAAACUAGACAGCGGUUACAUCACACCAGGUCUGGUUGCGUUCGGCAACAACAUUGGCAUCUUGGACAUCUCCUCUGAGCCAUCCACAGGCGACGGGUCACCAGAUCGGAAGGGCAACGCGCUCAACGAACGAAAGGAUCUUCACUUUGCUAAGUACGGAAUUCACUUCGGGGGAAGAGGUUUCGGCCGCGCUCGGCUCGGCGGUGUCACAAGAGCUGUCACUGCACCAAUCUUUGGCGGUGGGUUGCUUCAAGGUGUGAGUGUCGGGCUCCGGACUGCGGAAAACGCUACUGUUCUUGGAGGUGGUAUAUGGAAGAACGAAGUUGCUUUGCACGUUGCCAUGGGGCAGGAAGCUAAGGGCGAUGACACUCCGACUAUAUCAUCUGGGGUCGAACGUCUGCGUCAGGUCAUUGAGGAAGGGCAGGCGGUGUCUACGCAACCAAGCAGUGCCUACGCUCGGGCGGCAAAAGGGGCACUGCCUGUUGUCGUGUACACUGAUGACAUUUCCCAAAUAAUUCUCCUAAAGCGUGACUUUCCUGCCGUGAACUUUGUCAUCUAUGGUGGGCAUGGAGCUCCCUUGGUUGCCAGAGAUCUAGCUGAAGCCAAGAUACCCGUCAUCUUGACUGGCAAUCGCGGUGCCCCUGAUAAGUGGGAGAAAAAGAACUCCUUCGCCGGUCCUCCGUUGUCUCCGAGCCCCGCUCAGGUACUCAUCGACGCUGGGGUGCUCGUUGCGCUCGCAGUCAGAGGCGACUCCAAGGUCCAUGGGCUUGCUCAGGAGGCACAGUGGGCCGCUAAGUUCGCGGGCUUAAGUGAGAAAGAGGCGAUCAAGUUGGUGUCCACGAACUUCAACAAGAUCUUGGGACUAGAAGGGUACAGAGAGGAAGAUAGUCCUUCCGGAAACAAGUAUUCCGGGGAUUUUGUUGUGUGGGAGGGAAAUCCUCUUCGCGGCGAAGGAAGCGUGGUUUUGAGUGUUCAGGAUGAUGGGAAGAUUGGGGACUGCUGGCCGGAUUAUGAAGGUGCCGUUUUGUGA